AUGUUUGCCACUAUUGGGGACAAAGGCGACCCCAUAGGAGUUCCAAAAAUUUGUUUUUGGAUUUCUGAGGAUAAUUCUCCGGAAGUUUCUAAUACUAUUUCCGACAAUUUACUUAAUGAUACAAUAAAAAACAGGACGGUUGAGAGGGUAUAUAUUUCUACGGAUGGUUUUGGUGAAACUGCUCCGCUUGAUUCGGUUAAUAAAAAAUGGCUCAUUAAUCUUAGUAAUGUUAACUUUCCAUUAGAAGUGCAAUACCUGUUGCAAUUAGGUGAGGGUUUCGGUCUACCGAUUGAUAGGAGUAAUAUCGAUAAGACAUUGGUUGAAUUUAUCAAGCAUAUUGAGAGCAAUAUUAAUGGUCGUCCGAAUAAUGUUAUCAAUUUUUUUAGAAAUAAUUCGAUUCCGUUGCUUGACAAACUAAAAAACGAGUUUCCUAGACUUGAUUAUAAGGAUAAGUUAUUAUCUCAAUGGUUAAAAACAUCUAGAGAAUUUGUAAAAAAUCAUCCUGAAGUCUUAAUUACUAUAGCUGAUAAGGGGAAUGUUACUGUUGCUCUCAAUAGGAUUGAUUAUAUUUCAAAAAUGGAAAAUAUGCUGUCUGAUACUGACACAUAUGAGAGGGUUGAGAAGGAUCCGACAAAAAAAAUAAUUUGUGAGGUACGCUUAUUAGUUAGAUGGAAAAGGAAGGAGUAUAUAAAUGAAUACACAUAUCGGAUGUUAUUGACGACGGAUGGCAGCACGCCUAGGGCAUACGGAUUGACGAAGAUCCAUAAGCCGGGCUUUCCGCUAAGAUUGAUUGUCUCUUCGAUUAACAGUCUGUUGUAUAACUUAGCCCUUUAUUUACAUAAAGUUAUUGAUGAAGCCGUACCUAAAGUUCCGAGUUAUGUAAAGAACAGUUUUGACCUCAUUAAUAAGCUAAAAAAUGUUAACAUUGAACAGGAUUGUAUGUUGGUUUCCUUUGAUGUUGUUUCUCUGUUUACCAUACCUAUAGAGUUGGCAACUGAUAGUUUGAUGCGUAGAUGGGGACAUAUAUCGGGGAAAACUAGUAUAUCAUUAGAUGAAUUUCUGAUUGCUUUUCGCUUGGUUUUAAACUCAACUUUUUUUACUUUUAACAACAAAAUCUACAAACAAAUUUUUGGAACUCCUAUGGGGUCGCCUUUGUCCCCAAUAGUGGCAAACAUAGUCAUGCAAGACCUUGAAGACAAUGCUAUUGAGAGAUUGCCAUGCAGAUUGUCAUUUUACUACCGAUACGUAGACGACAUUAUUUUAGCCGCUCCAUCUGAUUCUAUUGCUGACAUUUUAAGGAUUUUUAAUUCAUUCCAUGCACGGUUACAGUUCACUGUGGAGGUCUGCAAGGACGGAAGGAUUAGUUUUUUGGACACCAUGUUAAUUGUAGAGAAUGGUAGACUCGUUUUUGACGGAUACCGCAAGGCUACCUAUUCCGGCAGAUUCUUGAAUUUUAACUCACACCAUCCG